CCCUGAUUCCUUAGGCGCUAGCAGUUUUCUUAGCUAUGUCGACCUUGCAAACAACACUCUUACCAGUGGCAUCCCUGUCUCGCUGGCCAACAGCGUCUCACUCACCACACUUAUACUGUCACGUAAUAACCUCUCUGGAGUGAUCCCCUCUACUCUGUUUGAUAACUCGUCCAAGCUUUCUGUGGUUGACCUCCGGAUGAAUUCUUUAGCUGGUCCCAUCCCACAUUUCCGUAAGGUCACAGCACUCAAAUUUCUUCUCCUGACAGACAACUUGCUCUCUGGAAGCAUACCUCCAUCAAUAGGCAAUGCUUCUUCCCUCACCUCUAUAUUGCUCGGCCAAAAUAAGUUAUCAGGAUCAAUUCCAGAGACUUUAGGUCACAUUACAAAACUCAUUGAGCUUGACCUAGGUUUCAACAGUCUAUCAGGGAUUGUCCCGUUGCCUCUUUACAACGUGACAUCACUCAAAUAUUUUAGUGUGGUCAGCAAUGCCCUUGUUGGACAGAUGCCAUCCCACAUUGGUUACUCGCUACCAAACCUCCAGUUCCUUAUCAUGGGAAGCAACAGGCUGGAGGGCCUGAUCCCUGCUUCACUAACCAACAUGUUAAAUCUUCAAACACUUGACCUUUCAAACAACUCGCUACAUGGCUAUGUUCCUUCUCUUGGUUCGUUGGCAAACUUGCGCCGGUUAGAUUUAGGAAGGAACUUGCUAGAAGCACAUGACAGCUGGUCAUUUCUUACAUCUCUAGCAAAUUGCACCCAGCUGAUAAAAUUGUCGUUGGAAGGGAAUGCUCUAAAUGGCAGCCUGCCUAUAUCAAUUGUUAACCUUUCCAAGAGGCUACAAGAUUUAUCGCUUGGGUCAAACCAAAUUUCGGGCUCCAUACCUGUUGAGAUUACCAAUCUUGUUAAUCUCACUUCGCUUAGGAUGGAAAGCAAUUUUCUUUCUGGAAGCAUACCUUCUACCAUCGGGAAGCUACGAAACUUAUAUAUCCUAAAUCUAUCAAAGAACAAAUUAUUAGGUCAUAUCCCUCCCUCAGUUGGUGACAUCGCCCAACUUGGCAAGCUUUAUCUUGACAAUAACAACUUGAGUGGAAACAUACCUGGUAGUUUAGGUCAGUGCAAGGGACUUCUUGAACUGAACUUGUCUCGGAACAAUCUUGGCGGGUCAGUACCAUCCGAACUGUUUGCUAAUCCUCCACUCUCCUUGGUUCUGGACUUCUCACACAACAGUCUCACAGGGGAACUACCAUUGGUAGUUGGUACACAUGGCAGUGGUAAUGGUCCAGUAUCCCUUCACAUGGAAGGAAACAAGUUUCAUGGACAAAUUCCAAAAAGAUGGUAUCUACUAGUAUCAACCCAACAGAUUAAUCUGUCUGAUAAUGACUUAUCCGGUGCCGUGCCUGAAUUCUUUGAGCAACUUCAUAUGCUGAAGCAACUUGAUCUGUCUUACAAUAACUUGGAAGGGUCUGUUCCUACAAGUGGGAUCUUUGAGAAUUCUGCUGCAGUAGUUUUGGAUGGCAACAAGGGACUCUGUUCAAAUUCCUCUGGGCGAGAAUUACCACUUUGUCCUCACAUCUCAGCAUCAGCGACUAAAACAAAGCACCAACUGUCCUUGCUGGCGAUCUCACUGCUAAUUGUACUACCACCAUUUACUAUUGGUUCCCUAGUGUUGUUAUGGUUUCUGCUCACUCUUUGGAAGAAAGGGCUGUUUUCAUUUUCGCGAUGGGAUCUUGUGUCCAAGAUGUUUCCUAAUAGAAGAGAAGUGCAUACAGCCCCGUUCCAUGAUGAGAAGAAGCUGAAGAGAGUGUCAUACCAGGACAUUCUUAAAGCUACCAACUGGUUUUCUUCGGUCCAUACUAUCAGCUCAACCUGCACUGGUUCAGUUUAUGUUGGUAGGUUCAAGUCUGACAGGAGCCUAGUUGCCAUCAAAGUAUUCAACUUGAGUGAACCUGGUGGAUAUGAUAGUUACCUUAUUGAGUGUGAAGUGCUGCGAAGCAUCCGCCAUAGGAAUAUAAUGCGACCUGUGACUGUAUGCUCAACAUUGGAUUCGCAAAACAAUGAGUUCAAAGCACUAAUCUUUGAGUUCAUGGUUAAUGGCAGCCUGGAGAGAUGGUUGCAUUCUGAGCAAAACAAUGGAAUCCUAGACAAAGUGCUAAGCUUUGGCCAGAGGAUAAGCAUAGCAACAGAUGUGGCUUCUGCUCUUGAUUAUGUCCACAACCAACUGACGCCUCCUUUGAUCCAUUGUGAUUUGAAGCCAAACAAUGUCCUUGUGGAUGAUGACAUGACUGCACGGCUCAGUGACUUUGGCUCAGCACAGUUCCUAUCACGAGGUCUGGCUAUUCCUAAAAGCAUGGAUGAUGUUGGAGGAACCAUUGGGUACAUGGCACCCGAGUAUGGGAUGGGUUGCGGGGUCUCCGUAGGAGGCGACGUGUAUAGUUUCGGAGUGCUUCUGCUGGAGUUGCUUACCGGAAAACGACCUACCGAUGAUAUGUUCGUGGAUGGACUCAGCCUUUGUAAGUUCUGUGAAUCCAUGCUCCCAGACAGAGUUGCAGAGAUUCUAGAUCCUCGUAUGGCGCACGAGGAACAUCAAGGAAGCAUAGAAGCAUGGAUGCAGAGAUAUGUCGUCCCGUCGGUUGCUCUUGGGCUGUCGUGCACCAUGGAAUCUCCCAAGGACAGGCCUGGAAUGAAAGAUGUUUAUGCGGAACUUUCUGCUAUUAGAGCCUCUUUUCUGGAACGCCACGAUGAUUGACGAAUAGUAUAUCAGUUCUGUUUUAGAGCAUACUGAUCCAUUUUCGUUAAGAAUGUAUGCUUAUAUCUCAGGGUGGAGCUUUUGCCCUAUCUAUUUGACAAACUGCAAUAGGCUUUGGGGACAGAGAUGUGAAUUGCAGUUAGCCAUGAUUGGAUACUGGAAGCAUCAACCAUGCUUUGUUGUAUAUUUGCUGAUUUUGUUUUAUUUUGACAUUGACGCGCAUGUAUUGUGAAAUUCUUGUGCCGAUUAAUUUGUAACGGACGCGGUAUGUAAAGGUGUUUCUCGCUGUAUGUAAAGCCUCACCUUCACGUGCCAUCUACCUUUGAACCAAUUGAAUUCCAGUCAACAAGUCAUGGGGAUUCAGAGUUGAUGACAAUCAAGAGUUAGAUAAGCAGAAUUCGAUCUAUUAUUAUUAGGUAUACCCAUAAAGUGGAUUCUAAUGAAUUGCCACUGCUCAAUUUAUAAUCAAUUAUGAUACACCUCAUAGAAGAUACAUUAUACGGUGAACGCAGAAAUUUCACCAAGAAUCGAAGUAUGUUUUCACUAAGAAUUAAACAUUGUUGCUCAGAAAUUUCAGUCAAUACAGAUGAUCAGAUGCACAUAUUUCUUUGAAUUGACAGAUCCAAAAAUCAGGUUUAUAUAUAUGCACCCAGGUUCUAGAAAUAUAGGCCGUGUUCGGCAGCCCUCUGCU